AGAGAACAUGGUGACGUAAAUAGCAACACAUGUUCGUUUCUUCUCACGUUCUCACGUAUCUCUGUUUUAUCAAAUUCAUUUGAUUUCGUAAUCAUAUUUCAGCCAGCAGAAAGAAGAACAUAGUAAUGGCAGGAAUGAAGAGGAUAACGCAAGAGACAUUUGAUGAUGUUGUGAAAGAGAACGAGGAUGAAUUCGAAAUGGAACACCAGGAGGCAGUUGAAGAUGCUAUCAAACAGUUCACAUCGCAGGGAAUAGACCUGACCAAUAUUAUCACAACAUUUCAAGGCAACAAUGGCGGUGGUAAUGACGACCAUAAAAAGCCGUUGCUCAAUGCCAUCAGUGAAUUGUCCUCUGCUCUUUCGGCACAACCUGAAGACGAACAGCAUGUCGCUAGCCUACUCAGCACUAUACGCUCAAAGUGUGAGAUUGAUAUAGCUCAUCGAUGCUAUGCGGGAAACAAUGGUGCUUAUCCUUCUCUGGUGCUCUGCUGUCAAAAAUACUCGGAUAAUGCGGCCAUAUUUGAGCAGGCUUUGGAGACUGUGACAGCCCUGCUGACAGGGCAGCCCGAUCUUGUCGACUCCGAUUUUGUAGAAUAUCUCGUGAAGCAGCUACAGCUGGACAAGCAUGCACCUGACGUUGUAUGUCAGCUUCUUGCUGUCAUCACACAGAGCUGCAUAAUGCACGAGGCAAACCGGCAGAAGUUUGUCAGCUCUGCAUUGAUACCCGCACUGUUCAACACAAUGGGUGCAUAUGGCAGAGUGCCGAUGGUAGUUCGGAGUGUGUGCAUCGCAGUCAAGACUCUCACACUCGAUGACGACAUUAGGGUUCCAUUUGGUAAAGCACAUGACACCUGCAGGAGUAUCGUUGAGGAUGCCUGUUCACUAGAUCUACUUCUAAAUGCUGCUACUGAACAUAGACAAGACAAAGAAACGCUUGCAGAGGUGUUAGGAACCCUUGCCAUACUUGCUGUGCGAAAUGAGUACUGUCAGCAUAUAGUGGACAUGGGUGGGCUGAAACUAUGCUAUAGUGUUUUGCUGGACAGCAUAGAUGAUCAGAUACUAGUGAAACAGGCAGUGAACUUAAUAAAGGCAGCAUCAGGAAAUGACAACGUGAAGGAUGAGGUCGUCAAGACUGGUGGAGUGAGUCUUCUACUCCAGGUGCCCAACAGUCAUGGCGGAAGUACACAGCUCUGUGAGUGUGUAUGUGCUGCACUAGCUACGCUCGCCCUACGCAACCCCGACCACGCCGACCUGAUUGUCCGUGCUGGUGGUGCAGAAGUAGUAGUGCAGUGCAUGAAGAACCAUCCUGCGCAUAAUGGAGUGCAGAAGCAAGCGUGUAUGGCCCUUCGUAACUUCGUAGCUCGUGUCAGGCAGCACAAAGAGCACAUACUGGAGCUGGGAGCUGAAAGUCUGUUACGACGUGACUUGACACUACCAAGUUGUCAGGACGAGGCUAAAGCAGCCCUGCGCGAUCUUGAUUGCCAGGUUGUGCUCAAUGAGAUAUGGAAGGGUACAGGAAAAGAGCUGCAACGAGAUUACUGAGUGGCAGAGUUGCAACAGUGACGUCUAGCAAGGGAGAGUUACAGCAGUGACAUCUAGCAAUGGGGAGACAAACUUGCAGGAGUCACAUGUAACGAACUUCUAUAGGUACACAAUCUAAUUGAAAGUCGUACGAAUUCAUAAAUGAUAAAUUCUGCUUUUUAAAAUUAGCUUUGAUAAUAAAAAAUACGUGUAUGCUUUAUAUGGAUUAUUAAUUGGAUAUUCACAUAUUCUGCACAAAGCUAAUAAGGUUCUCCUAUAUUGUUGAUGCAAAUUCAAUGUGCAAUUUAAGACUGGUGUGAAUUUGAAUUAUUCCAUGAAUGUCCUGGUAUUUAGUCACCCGUGUCAUCGAAUUUUCUUAUGCCACCAUGUUGUAUUAUUCCUUGUAACACAUGGAAAAAGACAAUGAUAGUAGACCUUUAUGAAAUAUGAAUUAAAUGCAAAAACCUAUCAACAAACAUUAA